GAUCUCUUCUCUCCUAUUCACUCUCAGCUCGCUCCACUCGAUCCUGAAAGUAAAAGAAUUCGAAUGAGCCACAAGAUUAGUGUGGAGUAUAAAGGAAUCAAAGUGGGGAGUGAAAUCGUUCCAGGACAAGUUAAUUCUGCUGCAGUGGAAGCUUCAGGGUCUUCUACUGUCCUUGCUAUUUCGGGUCCAGGUGAUUCUAGGGUUUCACAAAAAGGUGGAGCUCAAAAUGCAUUAGUUGUUGGUCCAUCUUUGCAACCAAAGACACUGAAUGAUGUUGGUGUUUCGGGCAAAAGCACUUCAGUGAUUACUGCUUCUGGUUCAUCUGAAAGGAACUUCUCAACCUCCGCGAUAAUGGAAAGAAUCCCGAGCAAAUGGCCUCGCCCUGUCUGGCAUCCUCCAUGGAAGAACUACAGGGUCAUUAGUGGCCAUUUGGGUUGGGUGAGAUCUAUUGCAUUUGAUCCAAGUAAUACAUGGUUUGGUACUGGUUCUGCUGAUCGAACAAUCAAGAUAUGGGAUGUUGGGAGUGGAAGGUUAAAGCUCACACUAACUGGACACAUUGAGCAAGUACGAGGCCUUGCCGUCAGCCAAAGACAUACCUACAUGUUCUCUGCUGGUGAUGAUAAACAGGUUAAAUGCUGGGACCUUGAGCAGAAUAAGGUUGUCCGGUCUUAUCAUGGUCAUCUAAGUGGUGUCUACUGCUUGGCCCUUCAUCCUACUAUUGACCUUUUGCUUACCGGGGGACGUGAUUCUGUCUGUCGGGUCUGGGAUAUUCGUACCAAGGUGCAAGCUUUUGCACUGUCAGGGCAUGAUAAUACAGUGUGCUCAGUUUUUACUCGACCUACGGAUCCUCAAGUGGUUACUGGUUCCCAUGACUCAACUAUUAAGUUCUGGGACCUUAGAUAUGGUAAGACCAUGUUAACUCUUACACAUCACAAGAAAUCUGUGCGAGCCAUGGCACUGCAUCCGACAGAGCAUUGCUUUGCUUCUGCAUCAGCUGACAACAUUAAGAAAUUCAGUCUUCCAAAAGGAGAAUUUUUACACAACAUGCUCUCUCAGCAGAAAACCAUCAUUAAUGCGAUGGCUGUCAAUGAAGAUGGUGUUAUGGCUACAGGAGGUGACAAUGGGAGCUUAUGGUUCUGGGAUUGGAAGAGUGGACAUAAUUUCCAGCAAGCACAGACAAUUGUGCAGCCUGGUUCAUUGGAUAGUGAAGCCGGUAUAUAUGCUCUCUCGUAUGACAUGACCGGUUCGAGGCUUGUUACUUGUGAAGCUGACAAGACAAUAAAAAUGUGGAAGGAAGAUGAAGAUGCCACUACAGAAACUCAUCCCCUCAACUUCAAGCCACCAAAAGAUAUCCGGCGGUUCUAAUGACUCUGCUUGCUCCUAUUCGCUAUCAUACUCAGGAGCAACAUUUUUGACAUAAUAUAACAUGUAAUCAGCUUUUGUUGUAUUCGCAGUUGCUUGCUAUGAGCAUGAGAACAAGUAAAACUCCUCAACGUAAGCGUAGCCUUGAAAAGUUGAUGGUGCAAUUCUUAGCGUUCUCGUUUGGCUACUGUAAUUCCUUCGUGUGGCCUGGUUCGUUUUGGAUUCAACCUAGAUUGGGAACUACUUUAGGGUUCUUCAAAUAACUAAGAAAAUGAAAGGGUGAAUAACUCAGUUUGUUGUACAGUAUUGCAAGUCUUUAACGUAUCUUUAUCUUUCUAGUUG